AUGUCACUAUCUCACCACCACGUUCUCAGGCCCAUGCCCAGGAGGCUGGAGUGGCAGUUCCAGGCCUGUCACUUUGGAGAAACCACAAGAGACACGUUGAGAGACACAGACCAGAGUAUCGUCAUACUGCACGCAAAGGUCGCCCAGAAGUCCUAUGGCAACGAGAAAAGGUUUUUCUGUCCUCCUCCUUGUGUGUACAUCAGCGGACAAGGAUGGAGAGUCAUGCAGGAUAAUCUCAAAGUGUCCGGCUUUGGAGACUCGGUGUACCAGGUCAGAGGAUACAUGUGUCUGGACAGCACCAGCCAAUCACAGACUGACGCUUUCAAACUGGUGUUCGAUGAGCAAGCGGACUCCAGGCAUCUGUACCAGAGUGGAAAGAAUGUCUGUCACAGUUGUUGCACUGUCUUUGAACUUGCACUGCUCAUCCGGGCUGAUUGUCUCUGA